AUGGGCCGGGUCGCUCCUACCACAGUACCACUCUUUGAAUCUCAAGUCUCAACUGUUCAUCGCAAAAAUCCUAAUCCCUGCCACCCAAAUCGGAUGACUCUGAGUAUCUGCAGAAGUCUUACCUCAGUCGCUCUCAAAACCCCUAUUUCUUUCUCUUUCUCUCUCCUCGUCCUCUCCUACUCUACACGAAAACAACCCAAAUGCACCGCUUCAGUCGCUGAUUACUUGGUGUAUAAACACCAAUUCGCUCCUGAAACUGCCUCAAAAGUCUCCUCUGUGUUAACUUGUGUAAAAAACCCAGAAAAGUCUGAUUCUAUACUGUUCUUUCUCAAAGCGAGUGGGUUUUCGAAGACCCAUCUCGAAAAUGUUGUAGUAAAAUGGCCCAAUGUUCUCUCUGCUAAUCUUGAUCGUACCAUCAAGCCCAAAAUCCAGAUUUUCCAAGACUUGGGCUUUUCUCCGACGGAAACUGCCGAGUUAAUUUCGAUGCAUCCUUGGAUUUUGACGCGUAGCGCGGUCAAUCAGCUUGGGCCGUCCCUUUUGGUAUUGAGAAAUGUAUUUGAUUCAAGUUUAGAUGUGUCUAAGGUCUUAAAGAUUUCUGUGUGGUUUUUGAAUCAUGAUUUGGAGAAGAGUAUGAUACCCAGUAUUGCAUUGAUGAAGAGUCUUGGAAUUAAUUCUUCUCAGCUAAUGAGAUAUGUGUACAGCUUUCCGAGGUUUUUCUUGUAUAAACCGGAAAGAAUUAAGGAAUUCGUUAAGAGGGUUGAUGAAAUGGGUUUUAAUAGGAACUCCAAGAUGUUUCUCCAUGCGAUUCGAACUGUGAGCUCAAUGACAAUUAAGAAUUGGGAACUUAAAUUGGAGCUUUUUCGGAGUUUAGGGUUCUCAGAUGUUGAUAUACUAUCCGUGUUUCAGAGGAAACCUCAGAUUUUUGCCGUAUCUCAAAGGAAAAUUAAGGAUGUAACUAAGCUUCUGCUUGCCACUGGGAAAUUUGAUAUCUCAUUUAUUGUUAACCACCCAGAAUUGCUUUGUUGCAGUAUUGAAAACAGGUUAAAACCACGGCUACGAGUUGUGGAAGUUUUGGAAAAUAAGAAAUUGCUUCCAAAAAAGCUGAGUUUGACAUCGCUACACAAGAUCACUGAUGAGAAGUUCUUUGAAAAGUUUGUGCUCCCUUAUUCAAAUGAAGUUGGUGAAAUAUACAUAGCUAGAGAGUUCUCAUAG